UACGGUGGCCCACAACUGUCACGGCAAAACAAAAAGUCACGGCACUACAAACUUUACUCACGGCAAAACUAAAUUAACUCACGGCAAAACAAAAUUAACUCACGGCAAAACAAAAUUAACUCACGGCAAAACAAAAUUAACUCACGGCAAAACAAAAUUAACUCACGGCAAAAUAAAGAAAACGAGUUGGUCAGCGGUUGGUCAGCGGUUGCUAUUUGCAUUUGAAAUGGAUUGUCGUGUAACAAUAACACAAUACUCGCUCGGAAACCGCCAUUUUUCGAGUUCAUCAUGUUUUGCUCCGCGUGUGGUUCGGUAGUAGAUGAAGAUGCAAACUUUUGUAAAAGCUGUGGUAAAGACCUAAGGCUAGAAGAUUCAAGUGAAGAAGAAGACUCUAGCAAUGAAGUUGAGGUGGAGAUUGACGAGGAGACCAUUAUCAAAUAUUAUUUUCAACGCGGUUUUAGUUAUGAAGAAAUCAUUCAUUUCCUUGCUAAGCGUCAUGACCAUGAAAUAAGUAAGAGCACACUUUUAAGGCGAUUGAAGACAUAUGGACUCAAGAGAAGGAGUUUUUUCAAGGCGAAUGAUUCUGGUGAGGUUUUAGAGGCAGUUAGAAAACGUAUCCUUGAGAUUAUCCAUGGACCUGGAUCAUGUGGCGGAUACAGGACGGUAUGGCACACCUUAAAGAUGGAAGGUUUGCAUGUUCCUCGUAUAAUAGUUCAAGAUAUAUUAAAAGAGGUAGAUCCAGAAGGUUGUCAGUUGAGGAAAGCUCACCGGUUGAAGAGGAGGACUUAUCAUUGUCUUGGGCCAAAUGAUACUUGGCACAUGGAUGGUUAUGACAAACUGAAGCCCUUUGGGUUUUCCAUACAUGGAGCCAUAGAUGGCUUCAGAUGGAAAAUAUUAUGGCUUGAGGUUACCAGGUCCAACAACUCACCAGACAACAUUGCCACUUACUUCUUAAGUACUGUAAAAGAAUUGAAGGGGUGCCCUAGACAGCUAAUUACAGAUCUUGGCACUGAAAACGGAUUGGCAGCAUCAAUGCAGUCUUAUUUUCAUGAUGAUGCUGAUGCCCACCGUUAUGUCUCGUCACCUAGAAACCAAAGAAUUGAAGGGUGGUGGUCAUUUUAUUCACGGAGCAGGUCAACAUGGUGGCGCAAUUUUUUUCAAGAUUUAGAAUUUAAGGGUGUCUUAGACUCUUCUUCUGAAUUAAGUAUGGAAUGUUUGUGGAACUGUUUUGCGCCAGUUAUCCAGAAAGACCUAGACAUUGUUAAAGAACACUGGAACAGCCACAGAAUUAGGAAAAGUAGGCACAACACAGUCCCUGGUAGACCUGAUUCACUAUUCUAUUUGCCUGAGUUUCAUGGGGCUGUUGGAAACCUUCUGCUCAACGUUCCUCAGUUUGAAAUUGACUAUGUAUCUCAGCACAUAAUUCAGAGGAGAAGUGGUAAUGAAUAUCAAGAUUACUUUGAUUAUGCUAGAAUUGCCCUUGGAAUCAGCCUUCCAAACGACUGGCAAGAGGCAGAGAGACUUUAUCGCAAACUUUUAACCGUAGCUGUAAAUGGUGCAUAAUUGCCAAAAUUCAGUCUAAGAUUGCUUAAGAUAUUGUUAGACAUUUCUCAUUUUAAGCAAGUUAUGUCUUGUUUUUUUGUCCCAAAACCACACCAACUGUCACUUGGUGUUAACAUUACUGUACAGUAUAUCAGCCAUUGAGUCAAUCAGUAAAGGUUACUGCUUGGUUAAAAAAAUAUAUAUAUUAUCAAAGAAAAGCGACUCAAGAAGUCUUCAUCGUCAAAAUAUAACAUUAACUUAAGUAUUUUAUUGAUCAAAUUGAUCUCCAAGACUUUAUGAAAACUGUAUUUGUGUUAUCAUUAACCAGAAGAUGAGGCUACUCUUGUUAAUGAAAGAAAUGCACUGAAGAACAUUGUUGUAACAGACAUAAGGUCAUAUGAACAUGUAUGAUUAGGAAUCUCAAAAACCUUAUCAAUUUUCAAAGUUGA